AUGGCACCGGCAUCCAGAUUCGGCGUGGCAUAUGUGGCCCGGGCCCUGCGCACCUCGCAGCCUCUUGCAUCUUCUGCGCAGGCGCUGCGGUUCAGCAAACCCGCCACCAUGAAUAGCUUCCGCGCGUCCUCGAUUAUCCUGAACAACACCCGGAGCCGGUCGUUCCACUCGACACCCAUGCGCCGCAACGAGGCGGUGACCCCUGCCGCACCCAGCAGUGUAGUUGAGACGGUGGCAGCUACGGCCCCCAGCAGCGUAGCCGACACCGUUGCAGCUGCAGCGCAAACACAACUCGAUCCAACGCCCGCGGUACAGGCGGCUAUGCAGAUCGGCGAUCUGGCCAAAUACGGGCUUGACACGACUCUGCCGACGCGCUUGACAGAGUAUGCGUUGGAAUUCGUGCACGUCACGACGGGUCUUCCCUGGUGGGCAACAAUUGCGGCUGUGGUGGUGGCGAUCCGCGCGGCAUGCUUCCCGUUGGCGGUAUUCGGGCAGCGCAACGUGGCCAAGCUGAACAACCACAAGCCGGAGCUGACGCUGAUCAUGGAGGAGCAGAAGCGGGCGCAGGCAGCAGGCGAUUUCUAUAAGCGGCGCGGAAUCUAUCCGUUCCGCGGUGCUCUGGCGGGAGCUGCCUCGGCACCCUUCAUGAUGCUAGCUCUGCAGACUGGCGGCCUGUGGUGGUUCACGGAUCUGUCGGUGAUGGAUCCGACGUACAUCCUGCCGGUGCUGUCGUGCGUGGGCAUGAUGGGCGUGAUUGAGCUGCAGUCCAGGCUCAACUCGGCCACUGAGCAGAGCAAGCAGGCAAAGAUCCUGAUGCGCUGCAUGGGUGUCGGUAUGGCGUACUUCACGUCGGGACUGCCGGCAGGCAUCUUCACGUUCUGGGUGGUCAACAACCUUGUGUCGGUGGGCCAGGUUGGAAUCAUGCACACCGACUGGUUCCGCAAAAAGUACGGCGUGGUUGACAUCACAAAGGUCAAGUUUGCGCGCGAGCAGGAGUCCAUCGAUUCCCAAAAGAAGUCGACCAAGUUUGUUGUCAAGCACAAGGACAUUUCGGCACCCACCAAGCAGCAGCAGUGAGCAGUUUCUAGUAAUAAAAAAAAGUCUAUUUUUGACU